CUAGGAACGUUUAGGGGCUCGCUGUUCGUUGUCGGCGCGUCAAGAUGGCGCUGGCCGAAGCGAGUUCUCGGUUUCCUGAGGCGGCGCCUGCCGCUGAGCGGCUAGACCCGCUUUCCCGCUUCACCUGCCCGGUGUGCUUGGAGGUUUUCGAGAGCCCCGUGCGGGCGCCUUGCGGCCAUGUCUUUUGUAUGCCGUGCAUUCAAGAAUGUCUUAAGCCAAAAAAGCCAGUUUGUGGAGUUUGCCGCAGUACCUUGUCUUAUGGCAGCAGAGCUUUGGACUUGGAAAAGCAAAUUGAAAUGACAGAGACCACUUGCAAUGGCUGCAGUAAAAAAAUGUACCUCUCAAAGCUGCGUAGUCAUGUGGCUUCUUGUCUAAAAUACCAGAAUUACAUAAUGGAAGGUGUUAGAGCUGUGACUAAAGAUCCACCACAGGAUACCAGGAGUGUUCCAAAUAGGUUUACAUUUCCAUGCCCUUACUGCAAUGAGAGAAACCUGGACCAGGAAGGGCUGGUAGAACACUGCCGGAAGUAUCACAGCAUGGAUGCAAAGCGAGUGGUUUGUCCAAUUUGUGCAUCAAUGCCGUGGGGUGACCCAAGCUAUAGAAGUGCUAACUUCAUGGAGCAUCUUCAACGACGGCAUCGUUUUUCUUAUGAUACAUUUGUGGAUUAUGAUGCUGAUGAAGAUGAUAUGAUUGCCCAAGUUAUGUUGCGCUCCUUGAGGGAUCAAUGAACAAAGCAGGAAAUAAACUCUUAAAUUUGGCUUCCAUUAGGGGGAGACAUGCCCCGGAUACUUCUUACCCCCACAUUCUCUGGCAUCCAUAAAGAGAAAAGUCCAACUCCUGGCUCUGAUUCCUGUGGUCUCCAUAUGUGUUGCUUUACUGCUUCUCUUUUUCUAGUAAUCUUGCUGAUAUGCUGCAGGGAACAUUUUGUUCAUUCUGUUUGAUUUGAGGAUUUUUUAGUUAUUUGUUGUUUUCCUCAGUUUCAGCCUCUUCCUAAGUUUCCCAAACUGUAAAACUCCUGAAGCAUUACCAGUAAUUCUAGCCUGUGGGCACCCUUUCUAAAAACUAUAUUGCUCUCUGUCUAAUAUGGGUCACGUAUAGGAAGAUUCCCAUUUUUUUCUGGAUAUUUGGCAGUUCUGAUUAUUGGCCUCAAAUGUCAAACAGUUUUGCGUCCCUUGAUUGUCUAAAAAAUAAUGAGCUUGAUUUUAUAUUGAAAUAAUACAAACACUAUAAUCAGCCCUUAAUGCAUAAAGUCUCAGUUACAAGCACAGUGUUGCACUUCCAUAACAGGCUGAUGUUUUGAUUUAAUAACUUGACAAUACCUUCCAUGAGCUUGGAGGGAAUCUGUUAGGGCAGUCCUAUUUGUCAUUUUCUUUUUCCACCAUUAACAUCCAUGUGAAAUUCAAAUGCUAAAUGUGACUUUGGUUUUUUUGGAAGGCAGAUGGAUUCAAACAUAUAACACGUUAUUUCUGGUUUCCUAAGCUCAAAUAUGCCCUUGUAUAAUUCUACCUCUAUACCUAGAAUUGAAAACAAUUUGAUAGUAGCAAAUAAUUUUAACUUCUGGUUCCUUAGACAUAGCAAAUACUGGACUACUGAACUCUUAAGUAGAACUUCCUUGAUUUUAUGCUUCUGUAUGUAUAAGAAAGAUGUCAUGUAUGUGAAAAGUUCCAUGCAGAGAGUUCAGUGUCCAUGUGCUGAAGUUGGUGUGUAUGCCCACAUCAUGAUUUCUUGUGCUGCUGUGGGUCAGAAGGCUAGCUCUCCAGUGAAUCAGAGGCCUGAUUCUCAGUCAGUUCUUGAUAUCUAAAGACUGGUGGUGUAACAGGGUUUGUUUUGGUUUUUUUGGUAGGGUGAUCAUAUCUGAAUGCACCACCAUGUACUAGUCUGAAAUACUGCAUCUCCUGAAUAUUUGGAUUUUUUAAUGGAUGUGUAAAUCUUGCCUUAUGGUGGCACGUUCAGAAGUCAUGUUCACUGUGUGGAAAUGAAUGACUCUGUAUCAAACAAAUUAAGAGAACUGGACUAGAGAUUGCUCAGGAAGUUGUAUCGAGAGGUAUCUGAAACGGUUAGCUCUAUGUAUUAACUGCCUUCUGCUAAUUAUUGUGGUAACAAACUGCCCUGGGAGUUUGCAGUAGCAGAGGUUGUACAAAUCAAUACACACCAUUCAACAUAACAGCCAUGUUUUAAAAUUUGAGAGUGAAGACCUGGCAAGCUACUGAAGAUGACAGCAUUUGAUGGCCUUCAAGCAGGUUCGCAUGACAUGAGUGUCUAGAUGCUGAAGUGGCCUACACAAUCAAUGUGCUACUUUUUAGGAUGUGCUCUGUUUGUGGAUUGACUAAACCUGUUUUAAAAUCCUAUCCAAAAUCGUGUGGUUAGUUGGAUUCCAGCCCCCUUCUUGUGCUGAACCAUCCCAGCAGUGGUAUUUUUGGGUGAGGUUGGUCAGCAUACACAGAGUACCUCUAGUGUUGUGGGGCAUUUCAGAUUCUUAUCCUUCCUCUUGUAGCCUUCUUGUGCCCAUCAGAAGUAGCUCAUGGGUGCCGGGGGAGGGUGGUAUGUCAGAGUGGCAUUCAGUGUGAUUGGGGGAGGCAAAGAUGGCAGCUGGAUAAUAAUCUUAGUUUCUGUAUAUGCAUUUUCUGUUUGGAUCCUGGUAAUGGUCCUCAGUAUCUCUGCAAAUGACAGCAUUGUUCUUCAGAAUUUUUUAGGAACUGGGUAUCCUAAUACACAAACCUGACUGCUACUUUGUUCUCAUAUUCUAAGUGCACUUCUAGUAAUUUUAAUAAUUUUAGAACUUCAAAACUGUCUUGUUCUGGCUCUGAAAUGAAAUUAUAAAUAAAUGUAGUAAUCAAUUAAAGUCUAAUGUUUAUUGAAA